CUCCUUUACGACAGAAUCAGUCGAGAAGCGCGCGAGCAGUCCGCGCACGCGCUCUGUGCUUUGAAAGUUCAUAUCCGGUGCGUGAAAACUUUGCGCGGGAAAAUUGUUGACGAGUGUUGAAUAAUUGACGCGGUAUCAUGGCACUAGCCAUGUGCGCGCGCGCACUCGCGCUUCUCGUCUUGGUGGCAGGAACCCACUCUCUCACCUUGGACGAAGAAGCGACCAACAACUUGAUAUCGGCAGCAGGUACAGUUCCAGAAGGUGGAGCGAUUGCUAUUCUAAUCAGAGGCCCUCACGGCAAAAGCGCUCGUAGGGAAGAACUGUUCCACGCAAAAGGAACUGACGAUGCUUCAUUCUCACUCUUUUAUAACCGGAAAAGCAACAAGGUGACUUUGGAGAGUCUACACGGUGGUCAUCUGAAAUCUGUCUCCUGGAGUCUGAGUACACAUUCUCAUGCAACUCUACUCCUAAUAGUAGCGUCAACUAGAGUACAACUGUUCAUUGGCUGCAGAGCUCUUCAUUGGCAUGCUAUGCCAUCUACGCACAAUUUGCUGACCUUGCUAGCCAGUCAAAAGCUUCAAUUGUAUCACGAAGAAAGUGCACCAGUAGAAAUCUAUGGCAACCAAAAGGCAGCUUUAAACUAUCUACGUUGUAAUACUGAAGACUCCCUAAGACCACCAACACUUGUGUCAGUUGAUGAUGAUGUAGUCGAAGUUAAAGACUUCAUGGCCAAAGAGGGUAGGAGAAAAAGAGAGGAACAAAUGCAAGGCGAUGAUUACAGGACGAAUUAUAUUGAUGAAAAUGUUGUUGGUAUUGACCAAUCGACACAGAGAGGUGAUAUACCUGCUACUGGAAUAGAGAUGUGUGAUGAUGGCGUGGUCCGUGAAUUGCAGCUUCUGCGUCAGACUAUAGAGCUUCUUCGACGCGAGAUCGGCGAUCAGAAAGGCACUAUAGACAACUUGCGAGCGCAACUCCGUCAAUGUUGCUACAAGCCAAUCACACCUGCACCCCCUCCAAAGGAACGAUGCACAUCAUCUUCCUGCUACCCUGGUGUGGAAUGCCACGAGACGACAUCAGGAAUCCAAUGCGGGGCUUGUCCACGUGGAAUGGAAGGCGAUGGACGACGAUGCGAGCCAAUCACUUGCGAUAGAAGACCUUGCUCUGGAGUGGAGCAAUGUAUAGAUACGGACCGUGGUUACCGUUGCGAAAGAUGUCCUGGCAGACAGACGAGUGACGGUCAAACGUGCUAUUCUGCUUGUAGAUCUAACCCUUGCUUUGGUGGUCGUGUUCAAUGCGAGGACUUACCCGACGGCUCUUACCGAUGUGGACCGUGCCCAAGCGGCUAUCAGGGUAAUGGCGAGCAAUGUUACAGAGUUAGCCUAUGUCGUCCUGAUUCUUGCUUCCCAGGUGUGGAAUGUCAUGAAACGGAAUCUGGACCUCGAUGUGGCAGAUGCCCUAGUGGAUAUUAUGGCAACGGGCAAGAGUGCGUCCAUAUUUGUGACAAUCAGAAACCUUGUGGUAGUAGGCCUUGUAGACCCAUUAGUUCCAGUCCGUUUUACAAAUGCGAAGGUUGUUCUGCGGGACAGGAAUUGAGAGGUGACAGGUGUGUGAGUGUAGAUCAAUGUGAUCUAUACAAUCCUUGCGACGAAUUGGUGUCUUGUCGUAACGUGGAAGGCGGGUUUGUCUGUGGCCCUUGUCCAGCUGGGUACGAAGGUAGCAGCGGUUGGAGCGGAUCAGGCAACACGGGUCAAAGAGAGCAUUGUCAUGAUGUAGAUGAGUGCGCUAGAGGAGUCCAAUGUCCAAGGGGAAGAAGCUGUGUUAAUACUCCUGGUUCAUACAACUGCGUGCCAUGUGGCAGUGGGUACUACGGGAUGAAUAUAACGGGAGGCACAUGCCUUAUAGCUGAGGACUUGGUGAAGCGUUGUGAUCCUUCUUACUGUGCUCGAUUCCAUGCCAUCUGUAGUUACGGAGUGAAGUGUGUUUGUGCGACUGGUUGGGCAGGCAAUGGUACAGUUUGUGGUCAAGACACAGACCUGGACGGGUACCCGGACCAUCAACUGCCGUGCAAUGAACGUCAUUGUAAAGCUGACAACUGUCCCGACGUCUCCAAUUCGGGACAAGAAGACGCUGAUAGAGAUGGGUUGGGAGACUCAUGUGAUCCUGAUGCUGAUGGUGACGGUAUUGCGAAUAACCCAGACAACUGUCCCCUGACUCCAAAUCCCGACCAAGCGGACCGCGACGAAGACAGACGCGACAACCGAGGCGACGCUUGCGACAAUUGCCCCUACAGAUACAACCCUGGGCAGGAGGAUACAGAUGGAGACGGCCAGGGUGACGUUUGUGACCCUGAUAUUGAUGAUGACGGGAUUCCAAACGAACACGACAACUGUCCAAGCAAGGCCAAUCGCCACCAAGAGGAUAUGGAUGGCGACUACAUUGGCGAUGUUUGUGACAAUUGUCCCAGGGUUCGCAACCCGUCUCAGGAGGAUGCAGACAAGGACAACGUUGGAGACGCUUGUGACAGCGAUGUCGAUAGAGACCAGGAUGGUAUUCAAGACGGCAUAGACAACUGUCCUAAUGUAGCGAACAGUGAUCAGCAAGAUGUGGACAACGAUGGUCGUGGUGAUGUAUGUGACGACGACGACGACGGAGACGGCAUUCCUGACGAAAUGGACAAUUGCCCUAUUGUCCACAAUCCUGACCAGGCCGACUCUAAUGGUGACGGCAUAGGCGACGCUUGCGACAACGACCACGACGGUGAUACUGUGAUUAACGAACUUGACAACUGUCCUAACAACUCCAAGAUAUAUCGCACGGAUUUCAGGGAAUACAUGACAGUUCGUCUCGAUCCCGAAGGCGAAUCCCAACAAGAUCCGAACUGGGAGAUCUAUAACGAAGGAGCUGAAGUUCGUCAAACACUCAAUUCUGAUCCUGGUCUGGCCGUUGGGUUCGAGAGCUUCGGUGGAGUUGACUUCGAAGGAACCUUGUUUGUUGAUACUCCGAUUGACGAUGAUUAUGUUGGGUUCAUUUUCGGUUAUCAGAACAACAAGCGUUUUUACGUGGUGAUGUGGAAGAAAAACACACAGACGUACUGGCAGACGACGCCAUUUAGAGCCGUCGCUGAGCCAGGCAUUCAAUUGAAGCUGGUUAACUCGAAGACCGGGCCAGGGAAGAUAUUGAGGAACGCGCUUUGGAAUACUGAGUCUACGCAAGAUCAGGUCACACUUCUCUGGAAAGAUCCUCGUAACGUAGGCUGGCGUGAGAAGACAGCUUACCGGUGGCGCUUGCUCCACCGUCCAAAAAUCGGUCUUAUUCGUCUCAAGAUCUACGAAGGUUCUCGCCAGGUGGCUGACAGUGGCAAUGUCUAUGACUUUACACUGAAGGGUGGAAGAUUGGGUGUCUUCUGUUUCUCUCAGGAGAUGAUUAUUUGGUCGAAACUGGAGUAUAGAUGUAACGACAAAAUACCAACGAACAUAGUAUCAGAAUUGUUACCGCGAGAUCUCAAAAAGGUCGACGUUGAUAACGGCUUCGUCUUCGUGUAGUAUAAAUGCAUUGAAUAAAACUCGAUUUCUGCGGUUUCGCUACCAAAAUCGUGUAAAUACUGCCUUUAUGAAUUUAAUUGAGUAAUUUAUGUAUUUCUUGCU